AGCUGUGUGCAAGGGGAGAGCAGCAGGGUUUAGAAUUCCAGGAAGGAAGAGAGAGUGAUGUCAUCAGAUUCCAUGGACCAGCCCAGGAACCCCUGUGAGAACGAGCCUCUGACCCCAGGUUAUCAUGGAUUCCCAGCACGGGACAGCCAGGGUAACCAGGAGCCAACAACAACUCCUGACGCAAUGGUUCAGCCGUUUACUACCAUCCCAUUUCCACCACCUCCACAAAAUGGAAUUCCCACAGAAUAUGGAGUGCCACACACUCAGGACUAUGCCGGCCAGACCAGUGAGCAUAACCUGACACUCUACGGUAGUACGCAAGCCCACGGAGAGCAGAGCAGCACCUCACCCAGCACACAGAACGGAUCUCUUACGCAGACAGAAGGGGGCGCACAGACAGACGGCCAGCAAUCACAGACACAAAGUAGUGAAAAUUCAGAGAGUAAAUCCACCCCGAAACGACUGCAUGUCUCUAAUAUUCCUUUCCGCUUCCGGGAUCCUGACCUCCGGCAGAUGUUUGGGCAGUUUGGCAAAAUCCUAGAUGUAGAAAUAAUCUUUAAUGAACGUGGCUCUAAGGGAUUCGGGUUCGUAACUUUCGAGAAUAGUGCUGAUGCAGACAGGGCCAGGGAGAAAUUACACGGCACCGUGGUAGAGGGCCGUAAAAUCGAGGUGAAUAAUGCUACAGCACGUGUAAUGACCAAUAAGAAGAUGGUCACACCAUAUGCAAACGGUUGGAAAUUAAGCCCAGUAGUUGGAGCUGUAUAUGGCCCCGAGUUAUAUGCAGCAUCCAGCUUCCAAGCGGACGUGUCCCUAGGCAACGAAGCGGCUGUGCCCCUGUCGGGAAGAGGGGGCAUCAACACUUACAUUCCUCUAAUCAGUCUCCCUUUAGUUCCUGGCUUUCCUUACCCAACUGCAGCCACCACGGCGGCCGCUUUCAGAGGAGCCCAUCUGAGGGGCAGAGGGCGGACGGUAUAUGGUGCAGUCCGAGCGGUACCUCCAACAGCCAUUCCCGCCUAUCCAGGAAUAGUCUUACAGGAACCAAUCAUUAGCGCUAAAAUACCUCAGGGCGGAUAUGCAGCCUACAGAUAUGCACAGCCUGCAACUGCGACCGCAGCCACGGCUGCUGCAGCUGCUGCUGCCGCGUACAGCGACGGUUAUGGCAGGGUGUACACAGCCGACCCCUACCAUGCCCUUGCCCCUGCCGCUAGCUAUGGAGUUGGCGCUGUGACAGAGAUAGGGAUGGUGGGAAGGGUAGAGAAGGCGGCGUCACAGCCUGUGAGCAGGCAGAAGCUUGAGCCUGCGGCACCUUGUGCGCGUUUCAGUUCAGCUGGUUCUGACUGAGGACCUGAGGGCCAGCCCUGGUCUUGCUGUGCUUCCGCGGGUGGUUCGAGCACCGCUUCCUCCAGCUCCCUUUCCUUAGGAAGACUAAACAGAGCUCUGCUUUUCAUUCAAGGGCCUCUGGUGUCCGGUGUCAGCACUGACUUAGGGCCCUCGUAAGCACCUAGGUGUGACGGUAUUGACCUUCCCGUCCACCUUUGAACUUGGACUCCAUCCAGUCAGCCUCAUCAGAAACAGGUGCCUCAGAGCAUCGAUGCUGGUAGAUUCCUGACUCGUUCCCAUUGGACUAAGCAGCAGUCAGAAGAGAGUUUGGCAUCUUGGGAGUUUGUUCGAGGAUGCUGGCUGAUAAUUCCAGAACACUCGCUGUGCCGAAUCACAGUGCGGGGAUGACGUCAACAGCUUUACUGCAGCUUGUGACGGGGACUUUGCUAUACUCAGCAUCUCACUCUUAGAAGCUGGGCCCCUUUAAGGAGACCGCUAGUGAAAACCUUACUCUGAAUAUUCCUCUUUCAGCCCAGAGAGCUGUCCUUAGGUCUUUUCCAGAAUUCCUUGAGUUACAUAGUCUAACCCAGACCUGCCAUCGUGAGUCAUCAUUUUUAAGGUUCUCAGGUUUUACAGAACCUACUUCCACCAUCAUCCUCCAACAGCCACAGUUAGAAUUGAGCCGAUCUAAUUUUUUCCUUGAAAAAAAAGGGGGGGGGCGGUCUGGGGCUCAACGCUUAGUUUAAAAGGAGCUAGUGGAGAUCAGUUCCAUAGAAAUCAGCGGUAGCAGCUUUUCCUCCAAAGUGACUCCUCAGGGGCUGACCUGCUCUUAGGUUACUUAUACCGUCCUAGAGAUAGAGCAGAUAGUCGGGGAUCACCAUCACCCUAUAACCAGUCACGUGGCCUCCAGAUAGGAGGGAGGUGUGAACUUGAGGUGGAAACAACCCGAGGAUGUGCCAGGAGGGCUUGAUAAACCCCCUUCCCUCCGGCAGGAGGACAAGGCCAAGCAAGGCACAGUCUGGAAGGCACUCGAUGUGUACGGAGGCAAAGGGCACAUUGUUUGGACGCUCCCCUCUGGCCAAGCCCAGCCCCUGCUCUGCUGCUUGCAGCCUUCUAGCACAGGAACCUCUGCAGAGCUGCAGGUGUUUUCCCCCCAGAUAAUAGGAGGAAAGGGACUUUGGGGGGUGGGCAAGGGGUAGUGUUGUUUUAAAAGCAUAAGUUACCUGUUUGCACUGUUUUAAGAUAGGAAAAGAAUAGUGGGCAAGAUGAACAUCAAACGUAAAUUUGUGUGUUUUUAUUUUGUCAUGCUCUUGAAAAUGUUUGACCAUUUGUAGUAUACACCAGUGAAACUUGAUUCUCUGUUGCAUAAAACACUAUUUUCUUGUUUUGAUUUGUUACUGUCCAAAAGCCUCUUCCUCCCUUUCCCUUUUUCUCUGUUCUUCCUUCUUACUUGCUUUACUGAUCAACCAGGCAAUAGCCAUCCAAGCUCUAGAGCACGAAGCGGGGCCCUUUCCCAGUCGGCUGAGUGUCCUGGGCCAGCGCGGGCCCUCUGGUUUAGUGGGCGCAGUGGAGUCCCUGGCACCUGUCUUUAAAAUAAGACUGACAGACCAGGCUACGGCAGGUUCUGAAGUUCCUCAGUCACGUGCUCUCGGAAGGACGGCCGAGGAGCGGAGGGAGUCCUCGAGAAGCGCGGUUGGCUGUAGUGGCUGAGUUCUCACCCACGUUACCGGCACUGUAGCCAGUUACAGUUUACUCAGGAAACCGGUAGAUCAAUUCAGCCAUGGUAGUGCUGGUUGGCAGGGAUUGGUAACUGAGAGAACUGCUCGUCAGCCAAAAGUCAGACCUUGCCUUUAAGGAGACUGCCAGCGAGGAACGCAGGCCUGUCCAUGUGGUCAUGUCUAUGCCGGUGUCGUGAGGGCUCGGCUCACACUGGCCAGCAGAAAGGGAACACUGGUUCUCUUUUCUUUCCCCACCCCCUGCCCCUGGUACUGACACCAGGACUCCAGAGUCCCAGGGGGUCCAUGAGUUUUUGAAUUUUUAAAAAAUGUUUUUUGGUUUGGUUUUUCCGGGGACUGAGAAGUGCUUUAAGCAAUGUCUACACCCCAUCAAGACAGCUUCAUCAUUUUCUGUUCACAGUAUUUUUGUGUGUGUGUGCUUGUUUUGGCAGCUCAUUUUGGCUGUAUUAUAAUCGAGUGAUAAAUUGAUCCUCUUUUUUCCCUGAGGGAUAUGAAUUGUUUUCUCUUGUGUUAUAAUUCUGCUUGUGAGUAGCUGGAGCAACCUGGGGCUGACACACGUAAGCUAGGACUGCAGAGUGCCGUGAGCCGGAGGGGGCUUGUCCCUGGCAGGCUGGCCCCCUGAGUCUCUGAGCUCUUCAGUCCAAAUCUUUGCAAGGCUAAAAAUGCCACAAAACCUCUCCCCACCCCACUCCCCACCCCCAUGGCAGGGACUGACCAUCCCUACGUGCAACAUGCGGUUUCUCCAGCCCCCUCCCGUUGCCAUGGCGAAACAGGUACCUUUGGGGCAUGGGGGCAUCACAUGGGAUGCUUGUAUAACUGACCACCUUGCCUUCUGUCCCUCCCACCCCAGUCCCCAGAAUCACUUCCUAGGACACCCGAGCUGCUUGCCCAGGGUCCUGUUUCCCUGCGAAUUCCAGAGAAGCACCCCAGGGCUUUGUGACAGUCUCUGAUUCCCUCCCCUUCUCAUUAAGAAUCAUAUUGUAUAGUAGCUUUCAGACCAUACAGUAUUCAUUGGGUUACUCCUAUUAUUAUCAAGUAGCUGGAAUUGUGAAGGUCGGAGUAGUUAGAUCUUUAGCUUUUAUUCCUUAUUUUUUUUUGUAUUACUAUCCAUGUGUAUAAAUUAUUGAUCAUGUUGCUGGCUUUUAUAAACUCUAAGCGAAGGAGGGGCCCUGCCUCAGCCUUUGCAAAUGGUAAUGAAGCACUGUUUUUAAAUAAAAGAGAGAAACACCA